CACACGUCUCAUGAUUUAUGCGUAUGCCACAAGCUAAAACUUAAAAGUCUAAAACAAGCUAACAAACCCCCAAAAUUUCAUUUUCAAACUUAUUUCCUUUUCCAUCUCUAUCCCUCAAAAUGUUGACGUCUGUAGAGGGAAAUUCCCCCAAAAACCCCUUCACAAAAGGCGCGAAAGUGGAAGCCAGCCUAGACGAGGACGGCUUUCGCGGCUCCUGGUACACCGCCACCGUCCUCCGGCCCCCGCCGAAGAGGAUUUCCACCACCACCCGCAUUCCCCUCCUCUUCGACACCCUCAUCACCAAAGGCGACGGCGAGAAGGCCGCCGCCGAGCAGCCCCUCCGCGAGAGAGUCCGCCUCAUCCUCGUCCGCCCCGUCCCGCCGCGCGAAUCCAACCGGAGCUUCCGCGUCAGCGAGGACGUAGACGCCUUCCACAACGACGGAUGGUGGGAGGGCGUCGUGGUCGCCGUCCUCGGCGAAGACCGAUACUCCAUAUUCUUCCGAUCCUCGCGCGAGCAGAUCGAUUUCCACGAAUCUCAGCUCCGCCUCCACCGCGAGUGGGUUCACGGGGAAUGGGUCCCGCCUCUGGAGGGUCACGCUGGCGAUCCGGUGCAGCUGGCUCCACCCAAAUAAGGAUGUGCACCUGAAACAACUUGAGGCCACCACUUUCUUCUUCACCAACAUAGCUCCACUUUUGUCUGCCAGAGCGCAAGAUUGGAUUUUUCUGCUUGGUUCAGAAAAUGGAGAGUUUUGCUGUUAAGGUAGAAGAAGGAAAGCAAGGUCAAGCCGGGCAGCCGUCAGUUGGUCCCGUUUAUCGUAAUCUACUGGCAGAACAUGUUUAUCCGCCCGUCGAUCCUAAUUUAUCCACUUGUUGGGAUAUUUUCAGAGAAUCAGUAGAAAAACAUUCUGGGAACAGGAUGCUCGGAUGGCGUGAGUUGGCUGAUGGAAAGUGGGGGCCUUAUGUUUGGAAAACUUACAAAGAAGUAUAUGAAGAGACUCUACAAGCUGGUUCCGCCUUGCGAAAACAUGGUUUCGAACCAGGUGCUCGAGUUGGAGUUUAUGGAUCAAAUUGUCCUCAGUGGAUUGUUGCAAUGGAGGCCUGCAACGCCCACAGCUUUAUUUGUGUUCCUCUGUAUGAUACCCUUGGCCCAGGAGCUGUUGAUUACAUAUUAGAUCAUGCUGAGGUUGAUGUUGUUUUUGUUCAAGAUACGAAAGUGAAAGAACUUCAGUUCUCCCUUAGAAAUUGUACGGAGUUUCUGACUCCAAAAGAAUCCUUAUUGCAGCUACUGAAUCCUGAAUGCACUCAUGCUCGAAGGCUGAAGUUGAUUAUUUGCUUCACUUCGUUAACGGGCGAACAAAAGGAUAAGGCUGCCUCUAUUGGCAUCACAACGUAUUCUUGGAAAGAAAUCCUUAAUAUGGGAAGAGAAACUCCAUGUGAAAUUUCACCUCCAAAACCGUCAGACAUAGGUACGAUUAUGUACACCAGUGGAACAAGUGGUGAUCCUAAAGGUGUCAUAUUGACCCAUGAAAACAUUUCAACAAACAUAAGGGGCGUCGAUCUUUUCAUGGAGCAAUUUGAAGACAAGAUGACUGUGGAUGAUGUGUACAUUUCAUUCUUACCCCUUGCUCACAUUCUUGAUCGUAUGAUUGAAGAAUAUUUCUUCCAUAAGGGUGCUUCUGUUGGCUACUAUCAUGGGAAUAUCAAUGAGAUUAGAGAUGAUUUGCUCGAGCUAAAGCCGACAUUUUUAGCCGGAGUCCUAAAAGCUGUUGAAGAACUCAACUGGAGGAGGAGAAAAAUUUUCGAUAUGCUGUACAAAUACAAGCUUUACUGGUUGAACAAAGGUUACAAGCAGAAAGAUGCAUCACCUCUGGCAGAUUUACUUGCUUUUGGGAAGAUCAAGAGCAGAUUAGGUGGCAGGCUUCGUCUUAUUGUCUCUGGUGGAGCAGCUUUAAGUAGUGAAGUCGAGGAGUUCCUAAGGGUUACUUCCUGUGCUUUUGUAGUACAAGGAUACGGGUUGACCGAGAGUUGUGGAUUAUCGACUAUUGGGUUUCCAGACGAGAUGUGCAUGAUCGGGACAGUAGGUUCCCCUUUUGUUUAUUCCGAGGUUUGUCUGAAGGAAGUUGAGGAUAUGGGUUAUGAUCCUCUGGGGAACCCCCCACGUGGUGAGAUAUGCCUUCGGGCAAAAACACCAUUCGCGGGAUACUACAAGAACCCGGAAUUGACACAGGAAGUUGUCAAGGAUGGAUGGUUUCAUACAGGUGAUAUAGGAGAGAUGCUGCCCAAUGGAGUUGUGAAAAUCAUUGACCGAAAAAAGAACCUGAUUAAGCUAUCACAGGGAGAGUAUGUUGCUGUUGAGUAUCUGGAAAAAGUUUACACUAUUACACCAGUUAUAGAAGAUAUAUGGGUGUAUGGAGACAGUUUCAAGUCCAUGCUAGUCUCAGUUGUGGUACCGAAUGAGGAGAACACCUUAAAAUGGGCAAAGCAAAACGGCCUCAAAGGGUCGUUUUUGGAUUUAUGUUCCCUUGACCAGCUCAAAGAUCAUAUUAUACUUGAGCUAAAGUCCACAGCUGAGAGAAAUAAGCUGAGGGGAUUUGAGCACAUCAAAGGUGUAAUAGUUGAGCCUCAGCUCUUUGAGUUGUCUGAAAAAGAACUAGUGACCGCAACACUGAAAAAGAGAAGAGACAGAUUGCUUAAGCAAUACAAGGUGGAGAUUGACUCCCUCUAUCAAAAGCUAACCAAAGCAAGGUCAUAGUUGAUUACAGAAACAUGCAGCAGAAGAAAUACUUCUUGCAAGGAAAAUAUAUUUAUUAAUUUGUUGUCCCUAUGAAAGGUGGAAAACUAUCAACUAUGUACAAUAAUGUCCAUUUUGCGAAUGGAUGUAUGUAUAAUGUGACAUUACGUAUAAGGGGGUUUUACUUUUUGGCAGUUCAAUGCAUGGUACAAUUUUUUCUGUGUUUGGC